AUGUCACACAGCAAGCGCCGCAAGUUAGAUGGCGAGGGUCCUCCCCAGUCUCCUGUCAGUGCGGUAAGUGCAAUUGCUGCGCGGCGGCGGCAGACGGCAUCGACGGCACAGAGCACAAGCACCAAAGGUGAACAAGCAGAGGAGACCUUUACACCAAGCAAGAAUUCGUUCAGUGCACUUCAGGCUCUGAAGCCUAACAGAGACGACACAAAGUCUCCCAAGAAAGUAUCUUCUCAUAACAGCCAACGUCGAAAUGACGGCCAUCCAUCUACCGCCGUGGAGGGUCCAAAGCCAACCAGCCAACCACAAGAUGCUAAAGGGCUGGAUGCAACAUCGCCUCUAGUGUCAGGCUCAACUCAAAUCAUAAGCUACUCAUCCUUUCGUUUAUCCAAGAGCAAUUGCCGAGUAAAGAGUGGUGGAAUCGUGGAGUUGAGAUUGGACGAGAGCGAGAGAUUUGUAGUAUUGGGUAGUUUUGGAAUCAGAGUAGUGGAUGGUGAAAUUACUUUGGCCGGAGCCACUCUGCGUGCUGCCGAGACCGUAUCCUGGGUUCAUGCUCCUCACUGCUUAGCUCUUCCUGUGAUUAGAACGACACAGGAAACACGGCUAGAAUUAUCCAACGAUCCUAACUUGGUUGGACUGAGGAAAUUGGGUCGUCUUUCGCCCCUCUUUAGGAGAAUAUGGAAUGAGGAAGGUGAGACUGCUGACGGAAGUGCGAGUAGAGAGCAGUCCUUCCAAAUAAUUGGGUCCUCUUUAGAUGCCCCUAAGAGAUGCGUCAUCCAGGAACUAGUCUCCCCGCCAGACUGGAAUAAGAAGCUUGCGUCGUUGUUACCACUCUCCUCGGACGAACGUCACCGGACAACCGUCGUCUGUGGACCGAAAUCAUCAGGCAAGUCGACUUUCUCAAGGCUACUGACCAACCGCCUUCUUACGUCUUCUUCGAAUGGCCAAGAUCCAGUGAGGCGGGUUGCAGUGCUCGAUCUUGAUCCUGGGCAACCUGAAUAUGCUCCGACUGGAACAUUAUCACUUGUCUGCGUCUCAAAACCCAACUUUGGAGCGCCGUUUACACAUGCUGCAUUUGAAGACCCUUCAAACACCAUUAUGAGGUGUCACUCUCUGGCUUCGGUUACUCCGGCCUCUGCACCAAACCUCUUUAUUUCAUGCGCUGUCGACCUAUACGAGACGUACCAAAGGUCACUCCGGUCGUGUCCAUUGAUAGUCAAUACUCCUGGUUGGAUUCUGGGUACAGGUUUGGAUCUCUUAGUGGACCUGAUAACUAGAAUUCGCCCUGCGGAAGUCAUCUACAUGUCAGAAGAUGGUCCAGUUGAUGUUGUGGAUGUGCUGAAGACCACGUCUAAGCAGUCGCUCAGCCUCCUUCCCUCACAGCCGUCGGAAUUCGCAUCUCGAACUGCCGCACAUUUCAGAUCAAUGCAAUUGAUGUCUUAUUUUCAUUCCCACGUUGGAUUAUCGCAGAAGCCUUCAGAUUCUCAACGGCUUUGUUGGUCCGCUCAUCCACUUUCGUCGUCACGGCCAUACGAGGUGGCAUAUCAAGGGAAUAACAUGGGUAUAUUAGGCAUUCUCUCUUAUGACUACCAGUCCUCUCCCGAUCUUCUUGCGGCUUCGAUAAACGGAUCGAUAGUAGCUGUAGUGGAAAUUGAAGAGUCAAAAGCUUUCCAACCGCUUAGGCGAGGAGAUGAAUCUGCUAGCCCGAAUUCUGGUAGUGUGGAAAUCAGUUCGACCUUGGAAGGCCUACCGAUUAUUUCCAACCCCAAUGACGAGGCCCUUGACCCUCGCUACUGCAAAACGAUAGGGCUUGCGCUUAUCCGAGGAAUAGACUCGAAACACAAGUCUCUGCAGGUCAUCACACCAACACCCUUGGCAAUCCUUGAACAAAUCAGAUUGGAAGGAAGAGACCUCGUGCUUCUUCACGGAAAAUUUGAUACCCCUCAUUGGGCUUACACAGAAGACUUAUACGCCAAAUCCACUCAAGAUGAAGCACCAGACAAGGACCUCCAAAUUACAGAGGAGGAUACAAGCGAAGAUGAAACAGAGGAGGAUACAGUACAUGUUGAGCGUGCCGAGCAUGACUUGGCAUCUAUGGUUGUGCCUUGGAUUGAGAUCUUGAAGGGAAACCAGAAGCGGCCUGUGGGAUCUCGGGUUUGGCGAGUGAGACGUGACCUGGGACGGCAUGGCACCGACUAA